AGCACGUGCUGUAUUUUUAUUUACAUACGAAAUUAAAUGGCGCACCUGGUUAAUUUACGAUUGAUAUUAAAUAACAAAAUAAAAUUACUGAGAAAUCAUGGGAGGUGUCGGAGAAAAAUCCAAGUCAGGUACCUGGGGAAUGACUGGAGUACCGCUAAAGUUGACGUAUCACUUGGAAAUGGGAAACAAAUGGUAAUUUCGACGGGAAAACUUGCCAAGAUGGCUAACGGAUGCGCGAUGGUGUCAGCAGGCAAAACAUCAGUGAUGAUAACAUCAGUGAGCAAAACACAGCCGUCAUCGAGCACGAUAGUGCCGCUGAUAGUCGACUACAGACAAAAAGCAUCGGCGACUGGUCGGAUACCAACGAAUUUUCUGCGCCGGGAACUAGGGUCUACUGAAAAUGAAAUAACUGCGGGUAGACUUAUUGAUCGGACUGUACGUCCAGGGUUUCCAAAGGGCUAUUGUUAUGACACGCAACUGAUAAGCAACACCUGGACGAUUGAUGGAGAAAAUUUGCCGGACGUACUGGCGAUUAAUGCGGCGUCUGCUUCUCUGGCUCUGUCGGACAUCCCGUGGAAGGGCCCGAUGGCUGCGGUGCGCGUUGGCUUUGCGGACAAUGAGAUCUUGAUAAACCCGACCACCCGGGAACUGGAGCAGAGUUCAUUGAAUUUGAUUGUGUCUGCUGCUGAUCAAAGUCUGCUGGUCAUGAUGGACGGGUAUGCGAACAGGAUCCUCGAGGCGGACUUGAAGAAAGCCAUAGAGGUUGGAGUACGCGAGUGCCAAGAAAUAAUUCGGGCCAUCAAAAGUUUAGCGGAGGCUCACGGGAAGCCGAAAAAAACUUUUGAAGAAGGCCUUAAAAUAGAGGAAAAUCUCCUGGAUUCUAUAAGAUCCCUGGCGGAAAUAAAAUUGAGAGAUAUUUUUACGGACUACAAGCACGACAAAGUGUCCAGAGACAACGCGGUUAAUAACUUGAGAAACAAUGUCAUGGAGACGAUGAAAAAGAGCGUUGAUGAUUUGAAUUUACCGGCAGUUGCUGAAGCUUUCAAUAUAAUAACCAGGGAAAUUUUCCGCGAACUGAUAUUUGAAAAUAAUGUGAGAUGUGACGGCCGUAAAUUGAAUGAGUUGCGAGACAUUAAGUGCGAAGCCGGACUCUUUGAACUGCUUCAUGGGUCGGCGUUGUUCCAACGUGGACAGACUCAAGUUGCUUGUUCAGUAACUUUGGACUCGCUGGACAGCGCACUGAAAAUGGACAUGGUGUCGAAGCUGACGAGCGGAGUAAAAGACAAGAACUUUUUUCUGCAUUACGAAUUCCAUCCGUACGCCGUAAAUGAAAUCGGACGGGCCGGGAUCGUUGGCAGAAGAGAAAUGGGACAUGGAGCACUAGCAGAACGCGGGUUACGAGCAGUGAUUCCUGAAAACUAUCCAUUUACUAUCAGACUUACGAGUGAAGUUCUCGAGUCAAAUGGAUCCUCCUCUAUGGCUACAGUUUGUGGAGGCAGUCUCGCACUUUUGGAUGCUGGAGUACCGAUUUCCGAGUCAGCAGCCGGUGUCGCUAUUGGUCUUGUUACUAAAUACGACGAUAAUGAUACCAUAAAGGAUUACAGAAUUCUUACGGACCUUCUUGGUAUCGAAGACUACAUGGGCGACAUGGAUUUCAAAAUAGCUGGGACGAAAACCGGAAUAACGGCAAUACAAGCGGACAUAAAAGUAUCUGGUCUUCCACUAGAGAUAGUUAUGAAAUGCAUCUCUGACGCCAUUACUGCCAAGAAAAAAAUAAUAGAUAUUAUGAAUGAAACAUUAUCAGCUCCGCGGGUUGAUAAGGCCAACAUGCCCAUGACUGACGUAAUCGAGGUCCCCGCUCAUUUACGCGGUCAGUUUUUGGGAAUCGGUGGAGCGAAUUUGGAGAAAAUUUACUUGAAAACUGGAGUGAACAUUCAGACGCAAGAGAACAAUAUGUAUUUGGUAUUUGCGCCCAAUGAGACGGCGAUGAAAGAAGCCAAGGAGAUGAUCGACGCGCUGCUGAAAGAGGAAAAAACGCCGAACUUGGAAUUCGGGGGAAUUUACACUGCCAAAGUAAAGGAAGUUAGAGACAACGGGGUCAUGGUCACUCUCUAUGAAAAUAUGAAGCCCACACUUUUACACAACACCCAGUUGGACCAGCGGCUAGUCGUACAUCCCAGUGCUCUAGGCAUCGAAGUCGGACAGGAAAUAAAAGUCAAAUAUUUUGGUAGAGAUCCAGUGUCCGGUGUGAUGAGACUCUCGCGAAAAGUUUUACAAACGACUUCGCUGAAGCCAAAAAAUUUCUUUUGAUUAAUUAUUAACUAUUAUUUAAUAAACGUUUGUAAAUAUUUUUUUUUAAACAUGUAAAUAAUUUCUACCUCACUUAGUCUGUUGUAAAAAAAAAUUAACGAGUGUGAAUGCAGCAGACAGACAAAUUUAAAAUUAUAAAUAAAUAGAGUAAAUAAUUAAUAAAAUAAAUUUUUAAAAAAUGCGCAUUUAGAAAAUUAAAAAAU